CUAUGACUGUGUGUGCAAAUUUGACGUCCAAGUUGCAGUGAUAUUCAAAUUUGUAGAGUUUCUGAAAGCACACAAUGGGAUGGUUUCCUUUUACGUUUGUAAUUGUGUCCUGCAGACAGUGUAUGAUGCAUAUUAAGUUGGCGUUACCGCUGGAUUUUAACCAUGUAGAUAUUUCACGUGAUUCUAAACGUGCUUAGUAUCAGCUGUUCAAGUUGUAUAUUAUCCGUAUAGCAAUAUCUUUACGGAAGAGGUUGAGGAUUGUAGUUCUUAAGAAAUAUACACUUCAAGGAGAGAAAUUACCUCAGAGAUGGCUGCCGAUGAACCUCUGGAGGUUGAAAACUGGGUGAGGGAGAGAGUCCUUGGAAGUGGUGGCUUUGGACAAGUCACCCUUUGGCGGCACAAGACGAAGGAUGAAAUGAUUGCACUGAAGAAAUGUAGGACAGGCACAGAUGCACUUUUAACUGAGAAGCACAAAGAAAGAUGGUCAAAAGAAGUAGAAAUUAUGCAACGUUUAGAUCAUCCGAACGUGGUGAAAGCAAUCGCAGUGCCGCCAGAUCUUGCAGUAUUACGCUCAAAGCUUCCGUUAAUGUGCAUGGAGUUUUGUUCAAAAGGUGAUCUCAGACAGGUUUUAAACCGUAGUGAAAAUUGUUGCGGCCUGUGUGAAGCAGAAGUCAGGUUGCUGAUAUCAGAUGUGAAAAGUGCGGUUCAGUAUUUGCACUCCAUGAAAAUCACCCACAGAGAUCUCAAGCCAGAAAACAUAGUUCUGCAACAAGUGAAGGAUAAGAUUGUGUACAAGUUGAUCGACCUUGGAUACGCCAAGGAACUCGAUCAGAGCAGUAUUUGCACUUCAUUUGUUGGCACCCUGCAGUAUUUGGCCCCAGAACUGUUUAUGAGCAAAACGUAUAAUUACUCAGUGGACUAUUGGAGCCUUGGUUUGGUAUCACAUGAAGUUAUAACUGGUGUUCGUCCAUUCUUGCCCAACAUGGCUCCUGUUUCAUGGAUGACCCACGUGAGGGAGAAGUCCUCGGAUGACAUCUGUGCAUAUCAGGCUCAAGAUGGCAGUAUUGUAUUCAGCAAGGAACUUUUUCAUCAGAAUCAUAUUUCAAGCUCUCUCAAGUAUCAUAUGGAGAAAUGGCUUACAUCGUUAUUAGAGUGGGACGCGGCAAAACGAGGACGUGCCAUUAACAAAAACAAGGAACUAGAAAUUGUUGUAUUUGAUAUGAUAGAAGACAUUCUGAGUAAAAAGAUUGUAAACAUCUUCUCUGUGCCAACGUACCAGCAUUUGAGUUAUGAAGUUGAUGAUUCGACCGCGAUCAGUACACUUCAGCUGUGGAUGAAACGUGACACGGGGGUUCCCGUCGAGCAACAGGAGCUCCUGCUCCCUUCAGGCCAGCCAUUUGACAUGACCAAGGAAGCAUGCCAGUGUUGGGUGCCCCCAGAUCCUCAUAAUCAGAGCUCGAAACCUAUGGUUUAUUUGUUCCUUCAUGGGUCACUGGCAAUAGGAAAGGUAACACCGUCCAUACCUGUGACCGUGGGCAAGAUGAUGGAGGAUCCUCGCCAUAGAGUAGAGUACAUUCACCAGAAGAGAGCGUGGGCCCACGCUGUGUUCUUCCUGCGGCAAGAAAUGGAACUCUACCAGACAUUCAUGGAAGCAUACAGAGUCAAGAUGCUCCAUAUCAUCUUGAACAAUGCCAGGCUGAACGAACAAGCACAGGCAGUGGUCAGUCGGCUCCAGCAGGUUGAGGCACAGUUCCACCUAUUCAUAGAUUCCCUGCAUUUUGAUGAAGACGAGGCAAAGAGAAUUGACUUUUUCCCUGAGCACAUUGUGCAUUCAUGGACUACAGUGAGUUCUGCUCUUAGCGUGAGGAUGGCCAAACUGAAGGAAGUCGUCAGUCAGCUUCAAAGUAAAUGUGAUGUAGUCAAUAGCAGGACCAUAGAUCUUCAGAGAAACACCUGCAUAAAGAGGGACCAUGAAGUUCUUGUGUCACUUCUUGAAACAGGCCAAAAACGCUAUGAUAAUUUACGUCGACGACCAAAGGAAAGUCGGCAGGAACGAACAGACAACGUUGAAAUGGUGAAAGUUGUGUACAACUGUCUCAAACAUCGGGACAAACUCCUGAAUGACAAUGCAUUUGACACCCAUCUUCAACAAGUGGUAGAUGUUCAAGCAGAGAUAGAACAGCUGUGGAACCCCCUGCGCUCGUCACUCCAGGUGAUGAACAAGGUGCAAAUGGAACUGAGGCAGAUGCAGCUGGAUAGGCAGCGUGAUAUCUGGGUGCAGAUGACGCCAGAUCGAUGUAAUGGAUUCACCAGACCAACGAACGUUACAGAAUCUCGUCUGACAGAUCAACCAGUUGUAAUUACCACAUCAAAGCCUUUGUCUACAAGUAUGAGUGUUAGUAAUGGUGAAGACGAAGUGCCAACAGUUGUGCCGGCUUGUGAACACAGUUCCACAGAACAUUUUCCAUCUUGUGUACAGCCAUCACGGGUGCCUAAUAAUCAAAGCUUUCAAGAACCAGCCAACCAGCUGGCGGCAUCAUUGUUGAGUUGCAGUGUCUUAGAUUCACACUGUGAUGCUUCAGUAAUGAUCAACGACAACAUUGCGCUGAGAUAUGCGACUCAAGAUUUGAUGAACGAGAGUUUCCAGCACUACCGUAGGGUCUUAAGUGAAGAUCAGUCCCUGGAUUGGACAUUCCUCGAAAAGCGGGAUUAAUGCAACACUCAGAUCCGCUUAUCGCUCUGUGUCUCGACACCUCUGAUGAAUAGACACGUAAGUGCGAUGCCAGGAAGUGAGUGAUGAUGGAGCAAAUUGUAUGCAUCAAACAGAUACAGUCAUAGAACCGAUACCACUUGUUAGCUGCCGUCCACAGGCUUAUGGAAUUCAUGAUUCACUUACUGUGAUUUUGUAAGCAGUAGAUGAAGAGCAGUUCUGUGUUAACCAUCCUUUUUAUUUGUAACAACAGUUAUGUCAGCUUGGGCACACAGUAAUGUAGAUGGUUGUGGCACUAUGCUACAAGCUGGAAGGUCACAGGUUCAAUGAGGUCAUUGGAUUUUUCAGUUGAGCUA